AUGGUCCAUGGCAAAGUCAUCAGCCUGAAAAAUGCCAUAAUUACAGCGUUGUUAUUGCACUUGCAAUUUGAUUUGAUAAAUGGUCUACAAAAUGGGCUUUCACGGUAAAAAAAGUCUUGUUUAUAAGCGCCGGUUAAGUUUCGGCCGCAAAACGUGAUUCAAAUGUGAAAAAAGUAUUGCAGCGACAUGCUAUACCGUUGGUUUUGAAGAUCAAAAUAUACGAAGUGUCUUCGUGUAUUUUGAAGACACUGAAAUGCCCCUUGACGCCUUUUUUGCAUCGCAAAAUAUUGAUAAAGAUGUAAAAUCUUCCAUUACCAAACCAUUGUGUUUCUUCACCUCUGCAAUACAUUUUGAUGCAAAAUUUAGAUGCACUUCUUUCGUAUUAUUCCUGUGUUUUGACUGAAAUAGACCUGUCAUUGCUUCCUCUAAAGCAUUGUUAAUUUUUAGCCUCCCUCCAAUGGGAUGGAUGUCCUGGAGUUGGUUUAAAUGUGAAAUCGACUGUGACCGGCAUCCGGGUAACUGUAUAAACGAAGAUCUCUAUUUUCAACACGCGGAUCGGAUGGUUUUUGACGGGUAUUUGAGUGUUGGGUACAAUACUUUGCAUAUUGAUGACUGCUGGACGGAGAGGUUCCGCGACGGGCAAAGUAGACUGUUGGCGGACCGCAGGCGAUUCCCUCGAGGAAUCACUGGAUUGGUUGACUAUGUAAGUAGUGUUAUCUGAGUGACAAGCCUCUACAAUACUUGUCGAUGAAAGAGUAGGAAGUAUUCAUAAAAAAAGUUCAAAUUUGAUAUCAAAAUGUGCCGCGGAAUCUCAAAGAGAUUGUUUUUUUGAACCUCUGUCUGCCGACUAAACAUAAUGUAAUAACACUGACCUUGAAGGUGGUCGUUACACACUACCGUAUAGAAAUUUAUUCAUUCUGAAUUUAAGGUGCACGCAAGGGGGCUCAAAUUUGGGAUAUACGCGGAUUACGGUACGAAAACUUGCGGUGGCUAUCCAGGAAGUAAAAAUUUCGAAGGCAUUGAUGCCUGGGCCUUCGCUGAUUGGCAAGUGGAUUAUUUGAAGUUGGACGGAUGCUGGAGUACCAUCUCUGAAAUGGAAAUCGGUAAAUAAAAUUUUUUGUAACGCGUUUCCAAUUGUUUUAUUUUCAUAUUGGUUGUAGGGUACCCUCUGUUUUCCAAAUACCUCAACGCCUCGGGGCGACAAAUCAUUUAUUCCUGCAGCUGGCCUGCAUACCUCUCUGUAAAGCCCGCCAUUAAUUACAAUCGAAUUGCGGAGGUUUGCAAUUUGUGGAGGAAUUACCCGGACAUAGAUAACAAUUGGUGGUCCUUGAUGUAUAUUAUAAAUGAGUAUGUGAAUGCGCAGGACCAACUGAUCCCGGUGCAUGGGCCGGGUCAGUGGAACGAUCCGGACAUGUUGAUCAUUGGCAAUGGUAUCACUGAAGGUAAAACUUGUUGUUACGUGGUAUAUAAUCUGCAAGCAAUAAUUCAGCUACAGCGGGGGCCUGAUCCAGUGGCAAAAAACGUACCAUUUUGCAUCCGGAAAAGAUCAAAAAUGUGGCAAAAUGGUUCCCUCUCCUCAUGAAAAAACUUCAUUUUGAAGGACGCGCUCUCUUUCCUCACAAAAAGAGCGGGCGCGAUUUUGAAAUCUGAGUUUUUUCACUUGGAGAGGGAAGCACAAUAUUUCGCCAUAUUUUUGAUGCUUGCCGGAUGCAAAAUGGUACGUUUUUGCCACUGGGUCAGGUCCCCCCACUGUAGCUUUGCAAUGCGCGAGUUAAAAAAAAAUUCCGAAUUUUUAAAUGGAUAAGCAGCCCUUACUUAUCCGGUUGAGUUUAGUAUUUUAGAACUAGAAAUUUUGAUUUCUAGGCGCUUCCCGAGUUCAAAUGAGCGUGUGGUGUAUUUGGUCGGCGCCCUUGAUAAUGUCCACUGAUCUGAGAAGAAUUCCAGCCCAUUUGAGGGCGAUUUUGCAGAACCGAGAGGCCAUUUCCAUUGAUCAGGACCCCAUGGGCAGAAUGGGGAGAAUGGUGAUCAAAGUAAGUCGAGAAUUCAGAAGCAAAUUUUGGCUGCACGUACGACUUUAUUAGGAAUGUAAAAAACACUUUCAGACCUCGCAACUCUACUAUUUUGUGAAGCCAAUCACCCCAGUAAUCCCCGGCUCUAUUCGGCCCCGUUUCUCGUUUGCAAUUGCCAUUGUAAACUUCUCGAAUCGCUUGGCAGUGAGUUAAUUUUGCCCUCCAAAUUUGGUCAAGUCACUACCAAAACAUUUCGAUGUUCAACUUUUCACCUGCUCUAUGUUUCUACACUUAUUUCCAAAGGAAUAAAAACACGGAAAGAGCCAUUUUCAGAGUCGAAUAACAACGCUGGCCGCGCUGGGACUGACCGACCCCAAUGGCUACGAUUGUUUCGAGGUGUGGAGUCGGAGGUUUGUGGGCAAUUUCCGGCACUGGAACGCGUUCGUGGACCCGGUCCCCCCGCAAGAUGCGCUGUUGUAUAAAUGCACGUUGAGAGCGCCCCUGAAUGGCGGGUUCGUAAUACGACGACAAAUUCUGUGA